GGUCAGUGAGCGCUGCAGCUGCAGGCAAACAGCCUAGCCGCCACUUACAGGGAUGUUGGUGCAGUACACCAUCUGGAGCUCCGCCUUCCUCUUUCAACCUCGAACUUGCAAGCCUCGUGUUGCAGCUCGCGCUAUAUCGAACAGACAUCCGGACGAUCUGACUCUAUCAACGCAUCUCGAACAUGACAUCAGCGUCAACCACAGUGCCUGAUGAAGCCGCGCAAAGCUCCACCGCGGCUAAGCCGUCACCCGCGCCAGGCCGGGGAAUACCCAACCUGAAGGACCGGAUUCCCAAACUGGAGCCCCGGCGUAGGAAGCCCGAGCCGUCAAACCCGAUGCCAGUGCCGGAGACUCCGGCGGCACCUCCUCGGCCGGACCCUGCAACCCUCAAAUUUACCGUGCCCAGCCGCAGGAUCCUCUCCCCCAAGGACCACCAGCUCUUCCUGUCUUCGCCGACUUACAAGCUCAUCCUGUCCUUCGUCUUCGGCCUCUCGGAAUCAGUCCUCGACAAGCCCAUCUCCUCCGUCAAGGACGCUGACCUCUCCCCCACUGUCAAGGCCAUCCUCUCCAUCCUGAAUGAGACCGAAACCCUCUGCCAAGACACACCCCCGGACGACCAAGGCGGCUCUCGCUUCGGUAACAAAGCCUUCCGCGUCUUCGUCGACAAAGUGAAGCAGCGCUCUCCAACCUGGCACACCACCUUGCUGAACCUCCCGAACCCAUCCGCCGUUGCCGAACUUGGUGCCUACCUGACCCAGUCCUUCGGCAACCGCACCCGCAUCGACUACGGCUCGGGCCACGAGCUCAACUUCAUCAUGUGGCUCCUCUGUCUGUACCAGCUGUCGCUGCUCUCGCGCGCCGACUUCCCCGCCCUCGUCCUGCGCGUCUUCGCCCGCUACCUGGCCGUCAUGCGCCGCGUGCAGACCACCUACUAUCUGGAGCCGGCCGGGUCGCACGGCGUGUGGGGGCUGGACGACUACCAGUUCCUGCCCUUCCUGUUCGGCGCCAGCCAGCUGGUCCACCACCCGUUCAUCACGCCGCGCGCGAUCCACCAGGAGCUGACGGUGGAGGAGUUCGGCGGCGAGUUCCUGUAUCUGGGCCAGGUCGCCUUCGUGAACAGCACCAAGACGGUGAAGGGGUUGCGGUGGCAUAGUCCAAUGCUGGACGAUAUUAGCAGUGCCAAGAACUGGGCAAAGAUCGAGGGUGGGAUGAGGCGUAUGUUUGUGUCGGAGGUUCUUGGGAAGCUCCCGGUGAUGCAGCACUUCUUGUUUGGCUCCUUGAUCCCCGCCGCAGAAGGAAUGAGCGAGCCACGGGAGGCGGGGGUCAAGGACGAGGAGGAGGAGGAGGACGGCGGCGAGGUUGAAGUGUUUGAUGACAAGAACGGGGUAAGGCAUGUCCAUCAGCAGAGCGGGUGGGGGGAUUGUUGCGGGAUUAAGGUGCCGAGUAGCAUUGGUGCGGCCGAGGAGAUGAAGAAGAGGGGAGUCGGAGAGCAGUUGAGGAGGAUACCGUUUGACUAAGGGGGGUGGGGGGCGGAGAGAAGUGGCUGGAGGGCCUUUGGGUGUGCCCAAACUCCUUGAUGUGCACAUGUAGCUUUAUGGUUUUCCGUCGAGGCGAAGGGCUAAACGGCGAUUCUUCAUGACAAUACAAAGACUAUGAAUUCACCCAACUAACUCCUUCUGGCUAUUGUCGAGUUCGCAGGCCGUACCAGCUCCAAGGGCAGACUCGCGUUCGGUCAAGAGCCCAUCAACGGGAC